AUGGAAAUAGCUCUGCAGAGUGACAGUAAGGGGAUUUUGUACGAAGGCUAUACCAAAGCUUUCAAACAAUGUGUCUUCGAGGAAGGAGACGUCCAUGGAAAGAACGAAAGAUAUGAAUUUCGGUCUGUUUUGUAUUUUCGCUUUGACGAUUUUCUCCUUUUUUUCAGUUGUGAUUACGACUUGGAGUGUUGUGGCAGGUCCUGCUGCAUACCUGCCGACGCGACCAUCCCACUUUGGUCAGUCGAAGAAAUCAUUAUUUAGUAUUUAUUUUCUCAUGGAGUCUUCUUUUUCUGUUAUUUUUUACUAGUUAAGCGCACGAAUAGAUGUUCAUAACAAGGAAGAUAAUGAUUUCCAGGUUGAUGGUCAUAUUGAUUGUCUUUGCACUUCUUCUACUUCUUCUUUUGUGCGCCUUAUUAGCCUAUGCGUUAGCAAAAUGGAGGAAACAAAAGCCAAAAAAAGGUUGGUUUUGUUUUGAAGCUUCUACUGUUUUCCCUGAUUGCAAAUCCUUCUACCCAACCUCUCCUAACCUUUCUUCAGAUAACAGCUCCUCCGCAGGCAAAUACUCGGCGCUGCACUCCAAUGGCGACGCCGACGCCUACGCAGUGCAUGAAAAAGAAAAGUACAGCACACCUGAAGACGUCUAUGCCGCCUAUGGCAACAGGAACUUCGAGGGACGCGGCGACUCUCAUUUGGGAUCUUACGACUGGCGCAAAAACCGUAACGUCGGACUGACCUCCGGACUAGAUAUGGAGAAGGUGGGCAACGGAGACGACCGCUACCGCAGGACGCGCGACUUUGCUCUCACUCAGCAGUACGGCCGACGGCCCUCAGGCUUGUCCUACUCGAGCGACGGCGGCUCUGUCGUCAGACACGGCGUUCAUGAGACCGUCGAGGAAAGCUUCAAGCAGGAAAUUACUUAUGAGAGACCCGCUUCUACCGAUUCCCGUGAACUCCUGUAA